AUUGAAUUAUCUUGCUGAUCCCCUUUUUAUGUGCCUGGUGUGUUACGAUCUAAAAUUGACCACCAUUUUCCGCUCGGAGUAUUGACAACUUAACUCACCAUUUUCUUUCCAUUUUGUUUGUUUGGACCAGAUUCCUACUGCUCUAAAUUUCCAGCAACUGGACGAUCACGAAACAAGAAAAGAAAUAAAGAUCCAACGACUUAUACCCUGGAGAGACGAAGACGAACAACAUAUACAUAAUUACCAGGAUCGCAACAUACAGCCACCAUGUCUGUAGUUGGCGUUGAUUUUGGUUCGAUGAACACCGUCAUCGCGGUUGCCCGUAACCGCGGUGUCGAUGUGAUCACGAACGAGGUUUCCAACAGGGCCACACCAUCUCUGGUUGGCUUUGGCCCCAAGAACCGCUACCUCGGAGAGGCCGCCAAGACACAAGAAAUCUCCAACCUUAAGAACACAGUCGGCUCCCUGAAGCGCCUCGCCGGCCGCCGACUCAACGAACCAGAUGUCCAGCUCGAGCAACAGUACAUCUCGGCGCCCCUGGUCGACGUCAACGGCCAGGUUGGUGUUGAGGUGACAUAUCUGGGCAAGAAAGAGAAGUUCACCGCCACUCAACUUGUUGCCAUGUACCUCGCCAAGAUCAAGCAGACGACGGCGACAGAGACUAAACUGGCAGUGUCAGACCUGGUCAUGAGCGUACCGGCAUGGUUCACAGACGUUCAGCGCCGCGCGCUGAUAGAUGCCGCUGAGAUCGCUGGCCUCAAGCUGCUCCGUCUUAUCAACGACACGACCGCCGCCGCUCUCGGCUACGGUAUCACCAAGCUCGACCUGCCUUCUGCCGAGGAGAAGCCGCGCCGGGUUGCAUUUGUCGAUGUCGGUUACAGCGACUACGCCGUGUCGAUCGUCGAGUUCAAGAAGGGCGAGCUUGCCGUCAAGUCGACGGCUUUUGACCGUCACUUCGGUGGCAGGAACUUCGACAAGGCUCUCGUCGACCACCUGCAAAAGGAGUUCCUCGGCAAGUACAAGAUCGACAUCUUCUCGAACCCCCGCGCCACCUCGCGUGUCUUUGCCGCUGCCGAGAAGCUCAAGAAGAUCCUGUCCGCCAACCAGCAGGCGCCGCUCAACAUCGAGUCGCUGAUGAACGACAUCGACGUGUCUGCUAUGAUCACUCGUCAAGAGUUCGAGGCCAUGAUUGAGCCCAUUCUGCCCCGCGUUGAGGAGGUUCUUCAGCAGGCUCUUGCCGAGGCCAAGCUGACUGUCGAUGACAUUGACGUCGUCGAGCUUGUCGGAGGUGGUUCUCGUGUGCCUGCCAUCAAGGAGCGCGUUGGUGCUUUCUUCAACAAGCCCCUGUCUUUCACUCUUAACCAGGACGAGGCUAUCGCCAGGGGUUGUGCUUUCAGCUGUGCUAUCCUGUCCCCCAUCUUCAAGGUCCGCGACUUUGCCGUCCAGGACGUCAUUAGCUACCCGAUCGAGUUUGCCUGGGAGAAGGCCCCCGAUAUCCCGGAUGAGGACACGAGCCUCGUUGUCUUUAACAAGGGCAACCUCAUGCCUUCCACCAAGAUUCUCACCUUCUACCGGAAGCAGCCCUUCGACCUCGAGGCCAGGUACGCUAAGCCUGAUGAGCUGCCCCAGACCGUGAACCCCUGGAUUGGCCGCUUCUCAGUCAAGGGUGUCCAGGCCAACGGAGGACAGGAUGAUUUCAUGAUCUGCAAGCUCAAGGCGCGUGUAAACAUUCACGGGAUCCUGAACGUGGAGAGCGGUUACUACGUGGAGGACCAGGAGGUUGAGGAGCCGAUUCCUGAGGAGGGUGACAAGGAUCCGAAUGCGAUGGAGACGGACGGUGCCAAGGACGGAGACGCCAAGCCCAAGAUGCGCAAGGUCAAGAAGCAGGUUAGGAAGGGUGAGCUGCCAAUCGUUGCCGCCACUCAGUCGCUCGACCCCAACGCCAAGAACACGCUCCUCGAGCGCGAGGCCGCCAUGGCUUCGGAGGACAAGCUUGUCUUCGACACCGAAGAGAAGAAGAACGAGCUCGAGACGUACAUCUACGACAUCCGCAACAAGUUGGAUGACCAGUACGCCGAAUUUGCGAGCGAAGAGGAGAAGGACAAGAUCCGUGCUCGGUUGAGCGAGACUGAGGACUGGCUGUACGAUGAGGGUGAUGACACCACCAAGGCUGUAUACAUUGCAAAGAUGGACGAGAUUAGGGCCAUGACUGGCCCCAUCGUUCAGCGUCACUUCGACAAGGUUGAGCAGGAGAGGCAGGAGUUGCAGGCACGUCUCGACGCCGAGGCAGCAGCUAAGAAGGCCGCCGAGGAUGAGCGCAAGGCCGCUGAGGCACAAAAGGCCGACGCUCCCGAGACGAAGGAUGAGGACAUGACGGAUGCGGAUGCUAAAGCUAAUGGCGCAUAAAAAAGCAGACAGAAGUUUGUAGAGUCGGAAUGAAGUUAUGACUUUGGGAACAUACUGCGGGGGGGCUGGGCUUUUUUCUCUUUAUCGGUUCUUUUUCUUUUUAUCCUCUAACCCACGGGGAGAAUAACUUCCGUGUAUCAUUUUCUUUUUCAGAACCCAACGAACGACCACACAUCCCGGAAGACAAGUACGAAACUUAGAUAGAAAAGAGAUGGUUUUUUAUGGA